GAAAAAGAAUUAUUGAUUUUAUAUUUUAUGAUGACUAUUCAUUCACAUUUGCUAUCGUAUUCUGAUGUCCCAUGCUAGGACUUCGAUUUCGAAAGAUUCCAAGAAAAAUUCCAUUACUAUUAUCAAUCAAUUACGAGACUUGCAAGCUAGAAUAAAUGCUUUGCUGGAAGAGAGUUACGAAAACAAUGCUGACUCUAAAUACAUAUCGGCUUUAGAAAAGGCGAUAGAGGCUAAAGAACUCAGUGAUUCCCUAGGAUCAAAGUUGAAAGAUUUUCUUGCCGAUGAUAUGGAAAUUUCUACAAAAUCCAUCCGGCCUCUCAUUGAAUUGUAUUUCAGCGAAACAAGCAGGGAAAAUUCUAAUUAUGCUGUAUCAUUUAAUUUAGCUUAUCAAUACGAGUCCAGUGGCAAAUACGAAGAAGCCAUCAAAUUUUAUCAACAACUCAAUAAAUACAAACAUAACUUUCGUUCCAAAAUAAACAUAGCCAACGUGUAUUGCAAACGGGGUUUACUGGACCAAGGCCUCAAGUAUUUCCGAAUGGCAUUGGAUCAAAUCCCCGAAUCUUUCAAGUUAAUCAGAAUCAAGACGAUGAUCAAUAUAGGGCUGGUUAUGCUUAAGAGCGAAAAGUAUUCCGACGCUCUUACUUGUUUUCAACACGUCGCAUCGGAGGCAGCUAACCAAAAUUACUUGACAGAAGAUAAUGAUGCUAACGAUGCUUCCAAAGAAAACGCGAAUUUAGAAAAUUUUGGCGGAAGAGAAGAUAUCUAUAAAGAAAUUCUGGUAAGAGUCAAUACUUACCUCAUUUAUACUCGGUGUAAAAUACUGAAGCAGAAGCCUAACGAUACAAAUGCUGAAAUACACAUCGAAGAGAAAAAUAGCGAGCUUAUAUCCUUAAUAAAGAAAGACUUUGAAAGACUCCUAACAUUUUCCACCAAUUCAGAAUUAAGGACGCCAUUUAAAGAACACGAUUUGACUAGUAAUAUAGUAAAACCUUUAACGAAUGACAGGCAAACUGACUUGAAAUCUACAAUUUUGAAUCUGAUAUACAUAAUAUCUCCACUCAUCGACAGAUCUUUCCAAAGAGGAUUUCAAUGGUGUAUGAAAAAGUUGAUAGAAUCACCCAAUUUUAAUAUAUCGGGCAUAGAAAUGUUUAAAGCCUGGUGGUACAUCAAAAAUUACAAUUUCGUCAAGGCUGCAGAAAUUUACAAAAAUAUACUUGACGAAAUUUUGAAGGAUAAUGAUUGUAAGAAAGAUGAAAGUACAUGGAACACUCUAAAAAUAGCUGGAUUAAAUCUAUCAUUUUUAUAUAUCAUUCGUCAAGAUUAUAAGAAGGCUGAAGAAUGUUUGGAAAAUAUAUUAAGAACACACGGAGAUUUCCCACAAGCGCUGAUAAACAGAGGUAACGUCCACCUCUAUAGUAACCAAACUGAGAAAGCGAUUGAAUGCUACGAAAAAACUCUUAAAGUAAUAAUAAAAACAUCUAAUCCAAACACCAAUAAUACUGAUAGAUUGAGUCAAAAACUCCCUGAAACUGACCGACAGGUAUGGCUCAGAGCUAAAUUUAAUUUAGGGUUAGCGUAUAGGAAACUAGAAAAUUUUGAGAAAUCCGUCAAAAAUUGGGUUGAAUUGGAAAAGGAGGAGGCAAUUAAUUCUAUCCAAGAAAACGAUGAUGAUUACAAUUAUGAUUCCAACGAUGAAAAUGAGUACAAUGUUAAUACUUUGACCGAACCCAAAAACGUGGAUAAAAUAGUCAAACAAUCUAUUGGAAUUCUAGAGGUCAAUGAUCAAAUGGGACUGACGUAUAUGAAUAUGCAAAGCCAGGGAUUCGAAGAUAUGUCCCAACAGGCACUUAAUUGCUAUCUAAAGAAUUUAAGUAUAUACCCUUCAAAUCCCGAUACGUUAACCAAACUAGCUCAAAUAUAUGAUUAUGAAGGGCUGAAUCCCGCUCACGCUAAAUCACGGGCCUUCGAUUUCUACAGCGAGGCUCAUAAAUUCGCUCCGGCGGAUUUGACAGUCAUCGAAUGGCUAGCGGGAUAUUAUCUAACUGAAGAUGGCCACCACGCUACAACCGUUGCUACGCCUUUGAUCGAAAAUGCUAUGACUUAUUUGACCUUGGCUAGCAAAUUAGAGCCUGACGAAAUAAAGUGGGAUUUGGCAUUGGCUAGUUGUCAUAAAAAAUUAGGCGAGAUGAAAGAAUGCUACGAAAUUUACAGGAACGCUCACAGAAAAUAUCCCAGAAACGUCGAAUGUUUGACAUUAUUGACCCGUUUGAGCAAAGAAUGGAAUCCGGAGGAAUAUUACGUCUACGAAACCGAGUUGAAAGCUCUAGAAAAUUCUUCGAAUUUAAAAAUUCAGAGAAGUGCGUCACUGAAAGAUGCUAAAUUAGAUUCAAUGAACCAAGCUUACACUGGUCCAGAGAUUGAAGAAUCUUCUACUCUACCUCAAAUCAAAAAUAAUAUGAGUUACAACGCGGAAAAGAAUGAAUCCAACAGAGAUGGAGGAAAGAUCAGUGAAAAGAGUUCGAAGGAAAGCGGAGAUGAUGAUAGCAUAUUAGAAUUGUUACCCUAAAAAAAAAUACAAUAUAUAAUUUUGUAUAUUAUUUAUAUUUUUCUUUUCAAAAAAUUUAUAGUGCUUAUCCCCAUUCAAAUGAAUUUAGAUUGUAAAUUUGUCUAUAAGUGUUAAAUUUUACGAUUAUAUUAUGGUCC